GAUAGUGUAUCACUUUGCAACCAAAAAAUGUUCAUUAAAAUCCUCUGACGCUUGUAAAACGCCAGAAAAUCGCAAAUCAUUUAUUUAUUAGUAAAAUAAUGAUUAAAAAACGUUUAUAACAUAUGUUGUGUACAUAAUAUAAUAUAGUUUUAGUUUUUAAGGAAAAUAAAAUGAAUUACUGCCGCGGCUAUGGCUGAGCCAUCGUUGUUCAGCUGAAAUCGAUGCGAUCAUUUCACUACAACAGAAGAAAAACGAAAAAUGCGCUGGAUAUUUCCCGUUCCAGUUCUCCUCAUGUCCUGGUUCGGUGUGGACCAAGUUAAAGGGAAUUCCUGCAUCAGAACUGCAAUAUGGGCUAUAGCUCUCAGCCCCCUAGUACAGGCGGAAUGCCAGACCCGCACGAUAUACUGUUACGAGUGUGACAGCUGGUCGGACCCGCGAUGCAAGGACCCGUUCAACUACACGGCGCUGCCGCGGGACCAGCCCCCUCUCCAGACCUGUAACGGGUGCUGCGUCAAAAUGGUGCGCUAUUCUAAGAGCCCUUACGAGGUCGUCAGACGAACGUGCACUUCUCAACUACAAAUAAACUUGUUCAUGGUGGACCACGUGUGCAUGAUGGAAAGUACUGGCACUGGUCACAUGUGUUUCUGUGAGGAGGACAUGUGUAACGGGGCGCCGGCCAGGACGGCCGCAGUCCUGGCCGUUGUCGCGGCGCUAGCGCUCGCAUGCUGCAUGAGGUGAAGUCGGACGCUAGACUCCCGAUGGCGGUUAUCGAUUCGUGACUAUCGAACUUUUCAUAUCGAUGCUUUCACAUCACUAAUGAAAGGACCGAUCUUAGAGUCAUGACUAGAGCUUAAGAUUCGUACGUGUGUAGUGAUGUGAAAAGUACAUAUCGAUUUUUUUUUUAGUUAAUCGAUGAUCGUUAUCAACGUGACCGACCUAGUUGAGAAUUGACUUUUCGUCCGAUAGUAGAUGUAGUUUUAGAAUUUCGAGUGCUUAGUUUUUACAACACAGCUUCUAAUACGAAGGUGAGGACUAACGAGCCACGAACAUCUUCGCUUCGGAAGACAUUUUGUAAGACUCACAAUUACUAACUCCAGUUCGCUAGACACUCACGCUGCUCUUCAACAUCACUCAUUUAGAUCAAUCAUCGUUUGACUCGCAGACGUCGCGCCCUCGACCGACACACGAUGAUUUCAAUUCUCCGGACAACCGUGUGAUAUUUACUCACUUACCUUCGCAACCAAUGACACUGUUAAUGUCAUGACGUUGACACGGUCGUCCGCCCGCGUGAGCCAAAGAGUCACGUUUAAAUUCGUCUUUCAACUAUAAUCAGUGAUGUUGAAACUAAGCACGUAUUUUUCUCUCAUCUAAAGCAUAAAUUGAAGUUUACGCUAUAAAUAAUGAUAGUUAAAAAAUGACCAUGUUUCAAAUUAGCGUGUAUAUAUGCUCAGACGGGCCGUCUGCAUGCCUCGGGUACAGGAGUGCGGCCGCUGCGGCUCGCCAUAACUUAGGUUAGCUACGUGGAUAUUCUACGGUGUACCAUAGACCACGGUUUUGCUCAUAGACUUUAUAGGUUCGAGCUGAAUAGACAAGAAAUAGAUUAUAAAGUCGUAAUGAAGAGUGACAAACAGGAAUAGGUGCCUGGAUUACAAGUUAUCUCACUUUAAUUUUAAUAUAUUUUUUUUGGAAAGUUCCUAAAAAAACCGAAGUAAAUGCGUGCUGUUUUUAAUCCAAUGUUUUUUUCUGUCAAUUGUCCGGAAGAGUGAAAAAUGACAUUAGGAUCGGUAACGCUAGACCAUAGGGUUUAAUAAGUGGUUUUUUAAAUUAUAAGGGUUUGUUAGCUAAUACUGUUACAUUAAAACUAAAAUUUAACGUUUUAUUAAAUGUGUAAUAAUAUUAAUUUUACGAAAUUUUAACACCAAUUAAAAAUAUAUCUAUAUAUUGUUAAGUUUAACGCUUAGAGUUUGAUAAGCAUGCCCAAAUAGAACAAAAAAAAACAUAGUUUAUAAACCAGACGAAUAAUCGAUAAUGACAAAUAAUAAUCGAUAUACAGAGCACAGUUAGUGCGCGCGUAACGAUACGAGCGACGUCACUAGUGAAUAUAAUUCGAAUAAUAUUAGGUAAUACGCAAGUAUUGAGUUCGUCAGAUACCAGAGAAUUUGUACAGAACACACACGCGAACGCUCUAACUACCCUCUUUCAAUUAAACCACUCAAUCAUAUCAAUUGGAUAACUCGGUCGUAUUUACGUACGACCUCAGUCGGAGCUGGCUGCGGAGGCGUUCCAUGGUCAUUUCCGCAGCGCUGGUGUAUAUAUCGUUCAUCGCUUAUAUGCCCUACGAGAUAAGCGACAUUUCAGUGUCAAUAUGUCGGGGAUCUGGUACGCGUUGCCGUCUGUUGGCGCGUUUUGAAAAUGCAUAUAAAGAGCACACGAACUUCUAAAUCCCCCCUAACGAGAUUCCCCCUAUCAGCUGAACACCCGCGCUAGAUUAUCAAUUGAGUGCUUUAAUUGAAUUAAAAUCUGUUUCAUCUUGUAUAAGAAUAAAAAUAGCAUGUAACAUUAACGUGUCUACAAAGUCGUUAUUAUUUAAUUGAUGAAAUAGGAACAACCUUCCCUGUUCUUUAGCGUGAUUAUUUUAAUAUUGACCAGACAUUGUUUGAUCGUACGUCGCUGUCGACAAGUUUGAGGAUCGGAUGAAGCGUUUUUUGAAUUUGAGAAAUGAAAAGUUACUGUGACGGAUCUUGAGGGAAAAUACUUGCUAAUGAUUAAUACGAGAUUUUCUUCCGUAUGACCGUGUAUUUGGUACACUUAAAAUAUUAAAAUUAAGUAAAAAUUAGAAAGCUACAACUGAUUCGUUUCACAUAUUUAUAACAAGUCUUUUAUUUUAAAGACCGUGUUGCCAGAUUAAGAUCUCAAAAACUACAUUCCGUGACAGUUACUAAUUUUGUCUUCGAGCCGGACCCGCCUUGACCAGGCUCAGGGGACCUGCUAGAUUAGCCCAGUGUACGGUAGUGGCAUUUCGUGGCCACUGCUAUCAGCCUCAAUACCAAGUAUUCUAUCUUUCCCUGUGUAACAUCAUUCGGGAGGCUUUCAGACGAGGUUUUUAAAAUCUUCAGCAAACGGCCUUUGGUUUAUGCACGAAUAUUAUUUGUGUUAAAAUAAUUCUGCCCAGACUUUUCGUAAAUCUUAAUAAAUUAUAUCUAUCUAUCUAUCUCUUAGGUUUAUGGCGUUUCCUUUUAGAUUUCGCCAAUGUCAAGUGUAUUUAAUACUCUGCUU